GAGUUCGGUAGUGGUUGGGGGGAGGGAGGGAAAAGUUGUCCAGCGGGGACAGAGCUGGCGACAGGAUAGCGAGCGAAGGCGAUCUUGUGUGCGGUGGAACAUUGUAACUAUGUGGCCCGAGUGAAGCACUUUCACUUCUUUUUCCAACUACAAAUGGAGACUCUAUUACUGACGCUGAUCGCCUUUCGCCACUGUCUGAUUGCAACAGCGUCACCCCUGCUGCUUUUUGCUAAUCGGCGCGAUGUCAGGUUGGUCGAUGCAGAGUCAGUGAAACCUGAAUCGACUGUCGUAGUCAGUGGUCUGGAGGAUGCAGCUGCUGUUGAUUUUUUGUAUGCUGAAGGGGUGAUUUAUUGGACUGACGUGAGCGAAGAAGCCAUUAAACAGACACAUGUGAAUCUAACUGGGAAAUCCCAAAAAGUGAUCAUCUCUGGUCUCGUUUCUCCAGACGGAUUAGCUUGUGACUGGUUAGGCAAGAAGCUGUACUGGACUGACUCUGAAACUAAUCGGAUAGAAGUUGCCAAUCUCGAUGGAAUGUAUCGUAAAGUCCUUUUCUGGCAGGACCUUGAUCAACCAAGGGCCAUUGCUCUUGAUCCACAGCAAGGAUACAUGUACUGGACAGACUGGGGUGAAAUUCCUCGAAUUGAACGAGCUGGCAUGGAUGGGAGUAGUCGCUCUGUCAUUGUGGACUCUGAUAUUUACUGGCCAAAUGGACUGACAAUUGACAUUGAAGAACAGAAACUUUAUUGGGCAGAUGCAAAGCUGAGUUUUAUUCAUAGAUCCAACUUGGAUGGUUCUUCCAGGCAAAAAGUUGUGCAAGGUACACUGACUCAUCCAUUUGCCCUGACGUUGUUUGGAGAAACCUUGUACUGGACAGAUUGGCAAACCCGCUCAAUUCAUGCAUGCAACAAGAGAACUGGAGAAAACAAACGCGAGAUACUCGUCAGUAUUUACUCUCCCAUGGAUAUCCAAGUCUUCAGUCAAGAUAGGCAGCCACACAUUCCCACCACGUGUGAUGAAAUUAAUGGAGGAUGUUCCCAUUUGUGCCUACUGUCACCAAAAGAACCAUUCUUCAAAUGUGCCUGCCCAACUGGUGUCCAGCUGAAAAAAGAUGGAAAGAUAUGUAAAGAAGGUGCUGAAGAGGUGUUGCUGCUUGCAAGAAGAACGGACCUGCGCCGGAUCUCCUUAGAUAUGCCAGAUUUCACAGAUGUCAUUCUGCAACUUGAUGAUAUUCGGGAUGCAAUAGCAAUAGACUAUGAUCCAGUGGAGGGAUAUAUUUACUGGACUGAUGAUGAAGUUAGAGCUAUUCGUCGUUCAUUUCUAGAUGGCUCAGGGGCCCAGACCUUGGUGACCACAGAAGUUAGCCAUCCAGAUGGAAUAGCUGUCGAUUGGAUAGCACAGAAUCUUUAUUGGACGGAUACGGGAACUGAUCGCAUCGAAGUGACUCGAUUCAAUGGCACAUCUAGAAAAAUAUUAAUAGCAGAAGGUCUUAAUGAACCUCGAGCAAUUGUCCUUAAUCCAGUAACUGGCUAUAUGUAUUGGACGGACUGGGGUGAAAGCCCGAAGAUAGAGCGUGCAAACCUAGAUGGCUCUGAUCGAAUAAUUUUGGUAAACACCUCUCUGGGUUGGCCCAAUGGCUUGGCAUUAGAUUAUGCUGAAGAGAAACUUUACUGGGGCGAUGCUAAAACAGACAAAAUUGAGGUAAUCAAUGUAGAUGGAACCGGCAGGAGAACACUUGUGGAAGAUAAGCUUCCUCACAUAUUUGGGUUCACUUUAUUGGGUGAUUACAUCUACUGGACUGAUUGGCAGCGACGGAGUAUUGAACGUGUUCAUAAGCACCGUGCAGAAAGGGAGAUAAUCAUUGAUCAGCUACCAGACCUAAUGGGAUUGAAGGCAACAAGAGUUACAAAAGCAUUUGGAACAAACCCAUGUUCAGAGAAUAAUGGAGGAUGCAGUCACCUAUGUCUGUACGUGCCUCAGGGUCCACGGUGUGCCUGUCCAAUGGGCCUGGAGUUAAUAAUGGACAUGAAAACUUGCAUCGUACCCGAAGCCUUCCUCUUGUUCUCCAGUAGGGCAGACAUCCGUAGAAUUUCCUUGGAGACCAACAACAAUGAUGUGGCAAUUCCAUUAACAGGAGUGAAGGAAGCGUCUGCUCUUGAUUUUGAUGUUUCUGAUAACAGAAUUUAUUGGACAGACAUUAGCUUAAAGACCAUCAGUCGUGCUUUCAUGAAUGGAAGCUCUGUUGAGCAUGUGAUUGAGUUUGGCCUUGAUUACCCAGAAGGAAUGGCAGUGGACUGGCUGUCAAAAAACCUUUACUGGGCUGACACGGGCACUAAUCGGAUUGAGGUGGCACGUCUAGAUGGACAAUAUCGACAGGUUUUGGUGUGGAAGGAGUUGGACAAUCCACGGGCUUUGGCUCUUGAUCCUUCUGAAGGGUACAUGUAUUGGACUGAAUGGGGUGGUAAGCCAAGAAUUGUCCGCUCACACAUGGAUGGCACAAAUAGUGCUGCUCUGGUAGACAGAGUGGGACGCGCUAAUGGGCUUACUAUUGACUAUGUAGAGAAAAGACUUUAUUGGACUGACCUGGAUACAUCAAUGAUUGAAUCUUCAAACAUGCUCGGGCAACAGCGUGAAAUCAUAGCUGAUGAUCUUCCUCAUCCCUUUGGGCUAACACAGUACCGGGAUUACAUCUAUUGGACUGAUUGGAAUUUGCGCAGUAUUGAGCGUGCUGAUAAAAUGAAUGGACAAAACCGAACACUUAUUCAAGGACAUUUGGACUAUGUGAUGGACAUCUUAGUUUUUCAUUCUUCACGGCAAGAUGGCUGGAAUGAAUGUGUGCAAACCAAUGGACAUUGUUCUCAUCUUUGCCUUGCCGUGCCAACUGGCUACAGGUGUGGAUGUGCAUCACAUUACGUACUUGAUGGCAAUAACAAAACUUGUAGUUUGCCUGUUAGUUUCCUUCUGUUCAGUCAGAAGACUGCAAUUAGUCGCAUGAUCUUGGAUGAGCAGCAGAGUCCAGACAUAAUUUUGCCUGUACAUGGUUUGCGAAAUGUGAAAGCAGUGGAUUAUGAUGCUGUUGACAAGUUGAUUUACUGGAUAGACGGACGCCAAAACAUCAUUAAAAGAGCUAGAGAUGAUGGUUCUCAAGCAUUUGUGGUUGUUUCUGGGCCAAACCAAAGCCAAAAUCCAGAUAUUCAACCCCAUGACUUGAGCCUUGACAUCUACAGUCGGACUGUGUACUGGACUUGUGAAACAUUGAACACUGUAAAUGUUAACAGACUAGACGGAAAGCCCAUCGGAAUAGUUCUUCGAGGAGAACAUGACCGACCUAGGGCUAUUGUUGUCAAUGCAGAACGGGGGUAUAUGUACAUCACAAACAUGCAGGAAAGGUCCCCAAAAAUUGAAAGAGCGGCACUUGAUGGUACCGAAAGAGAAGUACUAUUUUCAACUGGAUUGAUUCGGCCUGUUGGUUUAGCAAUUGAUAAUAAGCUGGGGAAGCUUUUUUGGGUUGAUGCAGAUCUAAAGCGCAUUGAAAGCAGUGAUUUAUCUGGUGCUAAUAGACUGACGUUGCAGGAUUCGAACAUUCUGCAGCCAAUGGGACUUGCUAUUCUUGGAAACCACAUUUAUUGGAUUGACCGUCAGCAACAAAUGAUUGAGCGCAUUGAGAAGAUAAAUGGAGGCCAGCGUACAAGAAUUCAGGGCAGAAUUGUUCAUCUUACUGGCAUUCAUGCAGUGGAAGAAUUGGAUGUGGAGGAAUUCAGUUCACAUCCUUGUUCCCGUGAUAAUGGCGGCUGCUCACAUAUCUGCAUUGCUAAAGGCGAUGGCACUCCACGAUGUUCGUGUCCUGUACAUUUGGUACUGUUACAGAACUUACUGACAUGUGGAGAACCACCAACUUGUUCACCAGAGCAAUUUACAUGCGCAACAGGGGAGAUUGAUUGUAUCCCAAUGGCAUGGCGCUGUGAUGGUUUUGCAGAAUGUGAUGAUCACAGCGAUGAGGAAAACUGCCCAGUAUGUUCUCCCAACCAUUUUCAGUGUGAAAAAGGCCAGUGCAUUGAUGGACGUUUACGAUGCAAUGGUGAAGUAGAUUGUCAAGAUAAAUCGGAUGAGGCAAACUGUGAUGUUAUUUGUCAUCCGAACCAGUUCCGCUGCAACAGUGGUCAGUGUAUCAUGAAGAAACAGCGAUGCAAUUCAUUAUCUGAUUGCCUUGAUGGUUCAGACGAACUCCUUUGUGCAGAAUUAACUAAAGCCUCACUGAAUGAGUUCCAGUCUCAGAGCAGUGCAAUUGGACCUGUGAUUGGUAUAAUCCUUUCGCUCUUUGUCAUGGGUGCUAUGUACUUUGUCUGCCAACGAGUUGUCUGUCGUCGCUACAAGGGACCCAAUGGACCUUUUCCACAUGAAUACAUCAGUGGAGCCCCACAUGUUCCCCUUAAUUUUAUUGCUCCCAGCAGUUCUCAGCAUGGCACAUUCACCGGCAUGUCAUGUGGCAAGUCCAUGAUCAGCUCCAUGAGUCUGAUGGGAGGAAGCAGUGGGGCCCCAUUGUAUGAUAGAAAUCAUGUGACAGGAGCAUCAUCUAGCAGUUCAUCGAGUACAAAAGGAACCUUCUAUCCACAGAUCUUAAACCCACCUCCAUCCCCAGCCACUGAUCGUUCUCUCUAUAAUACUGAAAUGUGCUACUCUUCCAACAGUCCUUCCACAACCAGGUCUUACAGACAUUACAUUAUGCAGAGUAUUGCACCACCUACGACUCCAUGCAGUACUGAUGUAUGCGAUAGUGAUUAUACCACAAGCCGAUGGAAGUGUCCCAAAUACUACAUAGACCUGAACUCCGAUUCAGAUCCUUACCCUCCUCCUCCUACUCCUCGAAGCCCGUACAUGUCAGCAGAAGAGAAUUGUGAAAGUUGCCCGCCAUCACCUCCUUCCACAGAACGAAGUUAUUUUCAUCUCUGCCCUCCCCCACCAUCUCCUUGUACAGAUUCCUCAUGAUCAUAACAAAAGAAACAUUUUUAUAAUUCUGUACAUAGCUUUAAAUACAUACAGAGAGAAAGUAUAUUUUAUGAAUUAAAAAUAGCUGGUGGGUGGGAUUAUCCAAAGGAAAGUGUACAGAGAUUGUGAGAAGAAGCAAUUAAAUUUUGUACAGAUGGAAAAAAAUAUUUAUGACAUUUUUUCAAGAAAAUACACCACUUGCAUUCUUGUGUCAUACUUUUAUUGUACAGAGCCAAAUAGAGAAGCAAAAGUAUAAAAAGUUCACAUGCUAGCACAGGCAGAAUAGUUUGCUUCUGUGCAAUACGUUUCCAAUUAGAUGAAAUCAUAUUGGAAAUGAAAUUAUAAAAUGCAAUAUUCAUUGAUACUAAAUGGACAUUUUUUCUUUUAUACUUUUUCUACCUAUUUAUCAAAAUUAUAUUUGCUGUUCUUUAGAGUUUAAAUUUUAAAUUGUUAAUAUUUUCAAUAGGAAUCUAAACAAAUUCUAUUACUGAGUUAUUUCAAUGUACACAACCCUGAAUAUAUAAACCACUAGUCAGAAUUUCUGCAUGUUCGGUACAGAGCAGGUUACCUGAAAGUGUGUAUCAUUGCUGUUUGUAAGGAUUGUUUAUGAAAUGAAUUAAAAUAGUAUCUAACUAGCUCCUAGAGGGUGUAGGUUGAUAGCAGAAUAACAUGCCAACACUAGAACUGUAAUUGAGAGGAAUCUUGGUGUGGGAAAAUGUAAUUGAGUUUGAGAUGAAAAUGUAUUAAGUAGAAUAUUUAACCCUAUACCUGACCUGAGCUACUUUACAAAAUAUUAGUUGAAGGUAUAAACACAUGAAUGUUUCACCCUCUUAUCAUAGAUAUUCCUUACUUUGAUAAGCACAAGGUUACUCAUAAAACAUUACAGAACAAAGUUUUAUCUGAUUGGUGUGUGAUUUGUAAUUUGAUGUUAAAUUAUUUAUCUUGGAUGGAAAAACCAAAUUUUUUCCUUUAGGAAUUAUUUUAAUGUUUGGAUAUAUUUCUUUUGCUUGUAUGUACAGAAUGUUGUAGCUAUCACUGCUGAAAGUAUUUGUAGCGUGCCCUUUGUAAAUCAGUUACAGGAACUUGCACACUAGUAAUAAAUAACUAAGAUUUUGUUGGAUAACCAAGCUGCCUUAUUUAUUCAUAGUAUGACUAUCCAUGCUUGUACCACUAAAUUGCUGUGACAGUAUUGAAUUUAAGAUGAGGGAAUUUACCCAAUUGCUGUUGAUAUUAUUGAGGUACGCUGCAUCUUUAAUUCCAGGGAAGUCUUUUUAUUUUAAAAAUUGUCACAAUAUGCAUUAAUGUUUUAUACACUUACAGGACCCAUUUUUCAAAUUUACCUUUUUGCACCAGAAAUGUUAAAUAAACUUUAACUCAUUAAAUUUCAUUAUUUAUUUUUUUAAACUUAUUUACAGAUAUAUAUAAUUUUCAGCAGUACCACAACAACAAAAAUACUGAUUUUUUUUACAAAGGCAUCAACUCUACCUUCACAAGAAAAAAAACAUUAUUGUAGAACCUCAGGACAUCUUAUGUGGUCUGUUGUAAUAACUGUGGUUAUGUUUAGAUUAAGUCCAUGAGAUGUGCAGAACCCAUUUAUUUUUUAUCUGUAUUUUAGUUCAAUUUUUGAUCUGAUCAAAUAGUCUAAUUUUUUUAAGAUAAGGGAUAUUAUGACUUUUUAAAAUAAAGUUUGCAGUUUUGGAGUUAAAUACAAGUAUACAGUUGACCCUGAAAUUUGUGGUAAAGAGGCAGUUUACAGAAUGUUUCUGUUUUUGGAUUUAACUUUGUAUAUUCUACCUUCCAUAAUUAUUUUCAAAGGCUUAGAGGGAUUUUGUACACCUUUUUGAUAUACUCACAUGUAGUCUUAACCUAAAAUUAUUGUUUCAAUCAAUCAAUAUAUAUGUAUUUUUAUUUUGGUGCACAAAAUACCUAAACCUGUAAUAAAAAGCAAAUCAGAGUUCACAAAAGGCAAAAGUAGAAAUAGCAUUCAGGCUUGGCUACUCAACGUGAACCAAGAUCAUGCUACAUAUACCAAGUUUAGAGCAGGACAAGCUUGACUGGCUUUAUCAUUUACCAAAAUAAAACAUACUAAAUAUUUUAGAAGUUUUUUUUCUCUGUAAUGUUGUUUAGAAAGGGUACAUGCUGUGUGCUCUGAAUAGGAUUCUCUGAGGGUUGUGUAUGGGAAAAAAAGUUGUGGAGGUCAGGGCUGGCUCAGGUUGCCAUUAGGUUUAGAUGAAGUUUUCAUUCUAUUAGCAGACAGAUCUCUGGAGUCUUUACAAUGAGGGACUUCAAUUAAAAAUUAUCCCCAAUGGAAUACUUGGAAAAAUUGUAUUCAUUUCAAUCAUUUAAACUCAAUGCUGACUAUUAAUGUCAAUCAUACAGCAUUCAUAUUACCAUUCACUUCAAGAAUGUUUUCAAUGCAAAUGUAUAAAUUACUAACCAACCCUUCCCAUUUACUGUUUGCAUGUCAGGAAUUGACAAUGGUGAUCUCUGCAGAGGUGGAAAUUUUGAUUAAGUUAAUAGUACUUGAAUGUGCAUGUUACUUUUUAUUACUGAUUUCAGUUUUGGUACAUGGAACUGAAAUUUGAUUUAUUUGAAUAAUGUAUUUUAGUAACCAAAAAUACCAUUUCCCACAAACGCUGAUAAUAAACUAAACAAUAAACCUACUCCUAUUGGAAAAAAAAUGGAAAACUGAAUUCCUAACCUAUGAAAUACAGUUGGAUGAAAAUAAUUGGUUGGUAGCUCUAAGUGCUUUGUAAUGUCUUGUCAGUGCAUUUUAAUCUGCCUCUGAAAUUCAUUCCAUUGAAUUUUAAUUGUGUUUUGUAAAUUUAGCAUGACUAACAUGAAUAAAUUUCUAGUAAAUGUG